UCAUUUUCAGCACCACUUCGUCGUUUUGUGGGGAAAUGGGGGGCGCGCAGUCAGCGCGUGAAGAAGACGAGCCGGGCCAGGAUGCUGCAGCGUGCCGAGCGGAGGAUGUGCAACACUGCGCUGAUGACGAGCUUCGCAAAAACGACGUUGCUGGAAAAUCAGAUGCCCCGUUGGUGGAAGUCAAUAGUAUCUUGGAAGAUGACAUAAAUGAUGAAGAUGACGAGUUUUCAGAAAAGCCGCCUAAAGAAGUAGAGGCACUGCCAGAAAAUGUCGUAGUGAACGAGGAGUCAAUCAAAGAAACCGAAGAAGAGAUUUCCUUAGACAUGACUGAAGUGAAAGCCAAACACAAUGACAUCAACGAGAGCUUUAAGACGUUCUUCAGCAAGGUUGGCUUGAAGUUCACAUUGAAACGAGGCUCUCGAGACCACGGUGAGAUCGGAGAAGGCGGCCCCGAAUCCACUGAUGUCAAGAACCCUGCUUACCAAAUCCAAGACGACAGAACCCAAGUGGACAUAGCACACGAGAGUCAAAAUGACAAUUCAACACGUCUGACCAGGGGGGAAACAAAAGUCCUAGAAGAUUUCCAAAACGAGGCAGACAGCCCUGACGACGAAUGGACACACAUCGACAUGCCGUCGGAACGGGAACCUUCGUCUCUGUCUGGCGCCAAAGAGGAUGUGACUAUGUCACCUAUUAAAAAGUUUUUUACCACGGGAAUCUUCACGGGAUUGCGGAAAAAGAGCGUGUCUUUGGAAGAUGAGAUCAUGACGAGAGAGCUGGUUGUACAGGAAGUCGGAGAAACUGCAAAAGAAAUGACAUACGACCAACCGGAGGACACAGAUAAUACUGCAGAAACAGUAGUUGAUGGAGACCAGGAAGAAAAUCCAUCAACAAACAUAGUAAGCGAGCCUGAAACCCCCAAAGAGAUCGGAGAUGUUCCGUCGAGUCCUCUGAAGAUGCUUCUGUUGGCCUCGAGUCUGAUGAAGCCGAAAAGGCAAAAAGACACAAAACCAUCCGAGGGUGAAGAAUAUAAACCAUCCAGUGACUCGGACCAUCUUUUGUCACCGACGGACAUGGCAGAGAACAAUAAAAACCAAAGUCCUGCACAAAAAACUGUAGAAGAGGAGGAGAGUCCAUGGGCCACUUUUAAGAAACUCUUAUCUCCCAAAAAGCGAGUGAACAGGUCCGCCUUGAGCAACGACGCCAUGCAAACCCUGAUGGCCAAAGACAAAUCGAAGCUCAGCGAAGGAUAUGACGUAGAGUGCAGCGUUGACGAGGGCAAAAAGCGUAAUGAUUCGGCCAUUUCCUGGGACGCUAUUUUAUGUGGAAGUCACACAGCGUCGGACCCUGUCGACGAAACACCAAGUGAUAAUGUAAAUGUUGUGCAAGCAGCACAACAUUUUGACAACAAUGGUGAGGUUUUAGCUUCUUCUACCACAGGAGCCGGAAGUCCAGCUGAGGGCGACGUAGGGUCAGCUUGGAAUGCCUUCAAAAGACUUACGAGCCCAAAAAGGAAAGCCAAGCCUGAGGAAGAAAGGCAACACAGUCCUGAAACUGACGACAUGCAAGAAAACAUCUCAUUUUCGGCUAAGAUUUUCCCGACCUGGAAUAAGAGAAAGUCUGUCUCAAAAAAAGACCAAGAAGCACCUUCGUAUGAGGUGGAUCAGGAGCUCAUGCCAGGUGACCUUAACUGGCCAGCGGUUGUUCCCUUGUCCAAUUAUGACACUGUUGAGAAAGAACCAAAAGAGGAGACUGAAACAUCCGUAAAACCAGAGUUUCAACUCAACCAAGACUUCCUCCCCGAGGUGACAGAAGCAGCUCAACCUUUGGACAAUCUACCGACCCAAGAAACCCAACACGAUGUCGAUGCCUUAGAAAAUGAGGCCACAUAUGAAGACCUGACAGACCGCACAGAGUUCAUCGGAAAACCACUGAGUGAUAUUCCGGAGGAAGGUGAUUUUACAGAGAGCACCACAGCAAACGAUCCGAUCGAGAUUACAUCAAGGGCCGUUACUGCACCGGAGUCUGCGUAUGUUAGCCUCGGCGACGAUAGCAAGAUGAUCUCCGCGCUCUCCCAGCUGUCAGAACAUACAUCGGGCUCGGCCACAGCGGUUCUGACAGAAUGCCAAGUCAAGGAAACAGAAGAGUUUCUGCAGCAGGUUGUUGAGAGCAUCUCCACUAAGUCAGAGGCAGAUUCGCGGUGUUUAAAUAAGAUGGUUUGUUCUGCCUCGAGUGACACACUUCAAACAUUUGGAGAGGAUUCACAACUACGUGAAGCCCAAAAAUCGGAUGUAACCGCAACCAGGAUGGAUGUGGUUGUAAAUGAAAUGGAAGCAGCAACAGAUAAAACACAGACCACAGAAAUUACACCUCCAAUUCCUACAAAGGAGCUUGACACCCAGGGAACUACAGCUGCAAUUUCUACAGAGGAGCUCGACACCAAGGAAAUCACAACUCCCAUUCCUACGAAGGAGUUCGAUACAGCGGAAAUCACACCUCAGAUUCCACUGGAGGAGUUCGAUACCAAAGAAAUCACACCUCAGAUUCCAACGGAGGAGCAGAAAAUCGCAACUCCCCUUCCCACUGAGAAGCUUGACACAGAGGAAAUCAAUCCAACUUCUAUCGAGGAGCGUGGAACACAGGAAAUUACACCUCAUAUUACAACGGGGGAGCUCGACACCCAGGAAAUCACAAUUGCCAUUCCUUCCGAGAAACUUGACACUGAGGAAAUAAAACCUCCUACUUGUACCGAGGAGGAUGACACAGACGAAAUUAAACCUCAUAUUCUGACGGACGAGCUUGAAACAAUGGAAAUUACAGCUCCCUUUCCUGAUGAGGAGAUUGACACCAAAGAAAUCACAACCCUCAUUCCUAACAAGGAGCUUGACACCCAGGAAAUUACACCACCUACUCCUCCCGAGAAGCUCGACACACACGAAAUCACGACUCCCAUUCCUCCCGAGAAACGUGACACCGAGGAAAUCACAACUGUAAUUACUACCAAGGAGCUUGACAACCAGGAAAGUUCACCUCCUCCUCCUUCUGAGAAGCUUGACACCCAGGAAAUCACGACUCCCAUUCCUCCUGAGAAACUUGACACAGAGGACAUCAAACCUAUUUUUACCGAGGAGCAUGACACUGAGGAAAUCCCAACUGUCAUUCCUACCAAGGAGCUAGACACCCAGGAAAUUGCACCUCCUACUCCUACUGAGAAGCUUGACACCCAGGAAAUCAAACCUAUUUUUACCGAGGAGUGUGACACAGAGGAAAUGACGCCUCAUUUUCCAACGGUGGAGCUCGACACCAUGGAAAUGACACUUCUCAUUCCUACCAAGAAGCUCGACACCCAGGAAAUCCUCAUUCCUCCCGAGAAACGUGACACCGAGGUAAUCACAACUGUGAUUCCAACCAAGGAGCCUGACAUCCAGGAGAUUAGAUCUCCCACUCCUACUGGGAAGGUUGACACUGAGAAAAUAAAACCUCCGACUUGUACUGAGGAGCAUGACACAGAGGAAAUUAAACCUCAGAUUCUGACGGACGGGCUUGAAACCAUAAAAAUUACAACUCUCAUUCCAAACGAGAUUGACACCAAAGAAAUCACAACCCUCAUUCAUACCAAGGAGCUCGACACCCAGGAAAUCACAACUACCAUUCCUCCAGAGAAACUUGACACAGAGGAAAUUACAUCUCAGAUUCCAACAGAGGAGCUUAACACCAAGGAAAUCACAACACCCAUUCCUUCAGAGAAGCUUGAUACCGAGGAACUCAAACCUACUUCUACCGAGGAGCAUGACACAAAGGAAAUUGCCCCUCAGGUUACAACGGAGAGGUACGACACCAAGGAAGUUGCAACUCUAAUUUAUACCAAAGAGCUCAUCACAACUCCAAGUCCUACCAAGGAUCUCGACACCAAGAAAAUUGCACUUCCCAGUCUUACUGAAGAGCUUGACACCCAAGAAAUUACACUUCCUACUGAGGAGCUCCGUGCCAAGGAGAUCACAACUCUUAUUCCUAUCAAGGAACUGGACACUGAAGAAAUAACACCUCCUUCUCUUACCGAGGAAGGAGCUCAACACCCAGGAAAUCGUGCCUCCUAUUCCUACCCAGGAACUCGACACUAA